GCACCCUGGGAAUUGUAGUGUCGGCUAGAGAUCCGCUCUCCGCGCCGGCGCAAACCGACACUCCCUUCCUUCCGGGUCAAACGUCGGCGCUUCGCAAAAGGGGGAAAAUCCUGUGGGUUCCCCGUGUGUUUGGCAAUGGCUACCUACAGCCUGGCGAACGAGCGACUCCGCGCCUUGGAAGACAUCGAACGGGAAAUCGGCGCCAUCCUUCAGAAUGCAGGUACCGUAAUCCUGGAACUUUCCAAGGAGAAAACCAACGAACGGCUGCUAGACCGACAAGCGGCGGCUUUCACGACGUCGGUGCAACACGUAGAAGCGGAGCUGUCGGCUCAGAUCCGCUACCUAACCCAGGUGGCCACAGGGCAGCCCCAUGAGGGCUCCAGCUACUCUUCAAGGAAGGACUGCCAGAUGGCACUGAAGCGAGUGGACUAUGCUCGCCUCAAGCUCAGUGAAGUGGCCCGAACCUGCGAGCAGAUGCUGGAAAGCUAAGCCAAGUAGGCAGAGACAUCGGGGAGGGAGAUCACCACCUCCACCCGGGACAGAACUUGGAGACCUGUAGGAUGAGGAGCACAGGCUGCCGUGCUCGCCUGCCCACCACUCUGUGCUGGCUCCUCCAGCAGGUGCCCCAGCUCUGACUUCACCAAAGUGCUGACAGGCUCAGACAGGAGGCGAGAGUCAGUCACCCAGCCCACUUCCUCCGAUACUUCGUGUCCUUGUCUGCUUCCGCAGACUUGAGCCAAUGAAGAUACAUUCUUCAUUGGAAGAGAUAAAACAGGAACUAAGGGUUUUAAUAAUAAAAGACAACAAUAAAGACUAUCGCUGGGGCAUAUAUGAGUGUCACAAGGAAUUGAGGAAGUAAAUCCGGCCGGAUGGCAGCUGGUGGCUGCUGAGGGAGGGUGGGAAAACCCAGGCCUUAAGUGUGGGGUCAGGGGAGGAAGCAAGUGAGGGCUGAAGUUGGUGUGGUAUAGAGAGACUUUGGGGAAUGGGGCACCAUCAGCAGAGAAGCUGAAGCCAGGAAUCCUGGUAAAGGGGCAAGGGCAUGAGGCCAAUGUAUACAGAAAGAAGAGUCAAUAAUUAGAAAAAUAACUUUUAGUAAAAAUAAUACACAUUCAGAAUUUUACACAAUGUAAAGACAAAAAGAAAAGCAAAAGAAAAUUCCAACAGGGCAGUGGCUGGUUAAACAGUAACAGAUAUGUGCAGAGUGCCUACUAUGUGCCAGAGAGAAUGUUCCCGUUUAUCAGAUGUUUCUGAUAGUGAAUGAAUCACAUUUUCUACCCUCACAAGCUCCCAUUCUUAGCCCAAGUGUUGGAAUAUGGGGCCACAGGAAUAUAUUGAAGCUGCAAAUCUGGAAAAGACAUUGGGAGAUGAGCUCUGAGAUCAAGGGAAGUUGGAAGUGAUAGCUAGAAGUAGAGAAUCAGACUCCAAAACAUUUAAUCAGACAAUCUCAAUAAAGGUACUCAAUAAAGACUUGUGAAUUAAA